AUGCUCAACCCAUCACGAAUCUCAACCGUCCCGUCCCAUACGCCAACGGACCGCUCCCGAACUUCCAAUUCCACGCCGCAGACACCGCGCCCAGGUGGUUCUACUGAGGUCAGACAGGUCACUGCGGCAAAGGUGCGCAUGCUCUUUGUGAUCAACCCUGCGCCUGAAGGCGAAGCUCGAUCGUUCAAGGCUUUCCGCGACCUUGCUAUCGCUACCAACGGCAUGGAGAGCGCGUCGUCUGCUGUUGCUCCAAGCUCGUCUGCUCCCUCGUCUGUGGACACGUACGUCACGCCUCCGGCGCCCAAGUGGGAGACUGCCACCGCGACUAUCACGCACGGUCAGUCGGUUUGGACGAUGACAUAUACGAGCUACGAUGGCACGCCCCUGCCCACCCCUGCCCCGCAACCAGCAGAGCACAAGAUCACUGCCGGUGCUAACGGCGAGAUGUGUGGCGAGCGAGGCUUCGACAGGAUCGUCGUCGGGAACAUGGGAGAUCGAAACGACCUCGAUCUUUGGUUCAAAAGUGGGAGUUUGAUUGAGCGCGUGGCGGCAGUCUGCAACAACACAAUCUCGGUGAUCCUUCCCGUUGGUCCCGUCUGCAUGCCGUGGAGCUCGCACCCAAACAUCAUCGCCAUUGUCUACGCAGGUGCACCAGGCGAAAUCACGGGCCCGUCCCCAGUUGAAGUACAAUCCUCGCGGGAGGCUGCCGUUCAGUACCUCAGACAAAGAAUCGGACUUCGGGACCUCGAUCGUGUACACAGCUUGACGGGCUUCCCGGAGGUGAGUCGAUUCUAUACCUCUGCGUGA